UCCCGGCGCGUUGGCAGCAGGACCAAGGAAAGCAGGGCGCUCGUGGGACCUCGCGGGCGCACGUCUCCUCGCUCGCUGCCGGCGUCCCUGAGAUCUCGGGAAGGCGCCAAGCCGGCGACAGGGAGCAGGAGAGCCACCCGGAGCCAUGGGCGCGGGCAGUUCCACCGAGCAGCGCAGCCCGGAGCAGACGACGGCGGGGAGCGACACGCCGACCGAGCUGGAGCUCGGCGGUGAUGGCCCCGCGGCCGCGGCGACGCCGAGCGCAGAUGGCGACCCCGCCAUCGCCGACGCGGAUCCCGCUACCAAGCCCUUACAGAAGAAUGGUCAGCUGUCCACUGUUGGUGGUGUAACUGAACAAGGAGAUGUCGGCAUCCAAGAAGGAGCCCUGGAUGGCCAGGAGGAAGAAAUCGUGGUUGCAGAUGUUGGACAGAGAGAGUCAGAAGAUGUGAGAGAGAAAGACAGAGGUAAGGAAAUGGCUGCAAACUCUGCAGUUGAAGACAUCACAAAGGAUGGGCAGGAGGAAAUGCCUGAAAUAAUGGAACAGAUUCCUGCUUCAGAAAGCACUUUGGAGGAGAUGACACAGCCUACUGAGACCCAGGGUAACGAUGUUGGCUUUAAGAAGGUGUUCAAGUUUGUUGGCUUUAAAUUCACCGUGAAAAAGGAUAAAAACGAGAAAUCUGAUGCCGUCCAGCUGCUCACUGUCAAAAAGGAGGAGGGCGAAGGAGCAGAAGGGUCAGUGGGAGCUGGUGACCACCAAGAGCCCAGCGUGGAGAGCAGAGAGCCAGCAUCCAAAGAAAGCGAGUUGAAAGAAUCCAUAGAGAAGCCGGAAGACACCCUGAAGCAAGAGCAAAGCGGCACAGAAAUUCCUCUUCAAGCUAAAUCUACUCCACCAGCUGAAGGAGAAGGCAAAGACGAAGAAGAGAAACAAGAAAAAGAGCCGGCAAAGCCUCCACAAUCUCCGACCAGCCCAGUCACCACUGAGACAACAUCAUCCUUCAAGAAAUUCUUCACUCACGGUUGGGCUGGCUGGCGCAAAAAGACAAGUUUCAAGAAACCAAAGGAGGAUGAGCUAGAAGCGUCUGAGAAAAAAAAGGAGCAAGAGCCAGAAGAAGUAGACACGGAGGAAAAUGAAAAGAUGGGUGGAACCUCUGACCAAGCCCCAGCCUCAGAGCUGCAGCCCCAGGAGCCUGCAGAAGUCGUGGAUCAGGCCAGACUGUCCGCUGACUAUGAGAAGGUGGAGCUCCCCUUGGAAGAUCAAGUCAGUGGCUUGCAGGGACCUUCCGAGGAGAAGCGCGCUCCACUGGCAACAGAAGUGUUCGACAAAAAGACAGAAGUCCAGCAAGAAGUUGUUGCAGAAGUCCAUGUGAGCACUUUGGAAAAGAUGGAGGAGCAAGAAGCAGGGGCCAUGGGGGAAACAGGAGAACCCAUGCCCACUGAAAAAAAUGAGCCUCCUCCGGAAGAUGAACCUGUUGAGGAGGUGGUGAAGCCCAAAGAAGUAUGUGUCUCUGGGGGAGACCAUACGCAGCUGAUGGAUCUAAGUCCUGAUGAGAAAGUGUUGACUAAGCAUCCCGAAGGCAUUGCCAGCGAGGCAGAAAUGCUGUCCUCUCAAGAGAGAAUCAAGAUGCAGGGAAGCCCCUUAAAGAAACUGUUCAGUAGCUCAGGCUUAAAGAAGCUUUCUGGGAAGAAACAGAAGGGGAAACGAGGAGGAGGCGGAGAUGAAGAGCCAGGAGAACACCAGCACCUUCAAUCAGAAUCCCCAGAAAGUGCCGAUGAGCAGAAGGGAGACAGCUCUGCUUCCUCCCCUGAGGAGCCUGAGGAGAUUACAUGUCUGGAGAAAGGGCUAGCUGAUGGGCAGCAGGAAGGGGAGGCUGAGGAAGGAGCUACUUCUGAUGGAGAGAAGAAGAGAGAAGGUAUUACUCCAUGGGCAUCUUUCAAGAAGAUGGUGACACCCAAGAAACGGGUCCGAAGGCCUUCCGAAAGUGAUAAGGAAGAAGAACCGGACAAGGUCAAGAGUGCUACCCUGUCGUCCACAGAGAGCGCGGCCUCCGAAAUACAAGAAGAAAGCAAAGGUGUUGGAGAUGAGCAAAAGCCAGAAGAACCAAAGCGCAAGGUGGACACUUCAGUGUCGUGGGAGGCUUUGAUUUGUGUAGGAUCAUCCAAGAAGAGAGCGAGGAAAGCAUCCUCUUCAGAUGAUGAGGUGGGUCCCAGAACAACUGGAGGAGACACUCACCAAGUGGAGGACGCCAGCAAAGACAAAGAAACAGGCACUGACACCAUCCCUGCAGGGUCCCAGGAACAUGAUCAAGGGCAGCAAGGAAGCUCCUCACCGGAGCCAGCUGAAAGCCCGUCUGAAGGGGAGGGUGUUUCUACCUGGGAGUCAUUUAAAAGAUUAGUCACUCCGAGAAAAAAAUCCAAGUCCAAACUGGAAGAGAAAAUCGAGGACUCUGGUGUAGACCAUUUGGCUUCAGAUGUUGAACCCAGUAAAGAAGAAUCAUGGGUUUCCAUUAAGAAAUUCAUUCCUGGACGGCGGAAGAAAAGGUCAGAUGGGAAGCAAGAUCAAGCCACUGCUGGAGACACAGGGCCAAUGGAGAUCAACGAAGAAGAUUCUGAUGUCCCAGCCGUGGUACCUCUCUCUGAGUAUGAUGCGGUAGAAAGGGAAAAAAUGGAAGUGCAGCGAGCUCAGACAAGUGAGGAAACGCCCCUGCUUCAGGGGGCUGUGUACGUGUCUGAGGAGCUUAGUAAAACGCUGGUUCACACAGUGAGCGUGGCUGUCAUUGAUGGGACCAGGGCAGUCACCACUGCUGAAGAACGGUCUCCUUCUUGGAUAUCUGCUUCCAUGACAGCAUCUCCUGCACAAGGAGAAGAAGCAACCAUGCCGUCCACUGAGGAGGUCGCCGAAAGAGAGGCCAUUGCAGAAGAAACUCCCACAGUCACCCAGACCCUGCCAGAGAGCAAUGAUGCCCAGGAUGACACCGUGGUCAGUGAGGUGGAAUUAACCUCUGAAGCUGUGACCACUGUAGAAACCACCGAGGCUCUGGGUGCUGAAGAAGUUACCGAAGCAUCAGGGGCAGAAGAGACCACAGAUAUGGUGUCAGCAGUUUCCCAGCUAACCGACUCCCCAGACACCACAGAGGAAGCUACCCCAGUGCAGGAAGUGGAAGGCAGUGUGCCAGAUGUGGAAGAGCAGAAGCGGCAGACACAAGCCAUCCUGCAGGCAGUUGCAGAAAAGGUGAAGGAGGACUCGGAGCUGCCUGAUGCCAGUGGGCAGGAGGAUGCAACUCAGACUGUGCAGAGAGCAGGACCCAGAGCACUGGAGAAGGUGGAGGAAGCAGAGGAGGAUUCCGAAGCACUGGAUGUGGAGAAAGAGAAGGAUGUAGGAGUGGGAGAACCCACGAAAGAAACUGACCCAGAGCAGUUUACACAGGGGUCCAUAGUUGUGAAGGCCACCCCCAAGAGCUUUGAAGACGUUCCUGAGGUGGCAGGUGUAGAGUCCAGGGAGCUUGUCAGCACGUGCCAGGCUGAAAAGCCCCAGCAGCUGAUGGAGCAGGCCAUGGCCCCUGCCUCAGCCGAAACCUUGACAGACAGUGAGACAAAUGGAAGCACCCGUGUAGCAGAUCCAGAAGCCGGAGGCCCAACACAGCAAGACGAGGCCAUGGAAAGCUGGGAAGAUAAUGCUGUUGUAACAUGUAUGCAGUCACAGGUAGCAGAGGCAGCUCUUACCCAGAAAGAGGAACCCCCGGCACCUCCUAGUUUUCAAUCCCAGGAGGGAAAUAAAGAACAACCUAGAACAGAAGAUGCUCUAGAACCCACACAAGAACUUUCCAUGGAAGCUGUACUAGUUCUGUCAAAGACUAAGGUGGUUCAAGAGGCUAGCCAGUUUGCUGAUGAAAAAGCUGAAGACGGACUGUGUGUUGAAGGAUUCGAGGUGUCUGCACACAGCACAGACGGAUGCGACAGUCAGGAAAAGAUUGCCGAAGUGAACUUCGAUGGGAAAGUGACUGAUGGGGCAGGUGGUCAGAAAAGUGAGAGUCUGACCCCAGAGGAGAGAAAGGUGGAAACUGAUGUUGAAAGGGAGAAAGCCAGAACAAAGCCAGAACAAGCCGGUGAAAAGCAAGAGCUAGAAACAGCUGCUCCCACUCAUGAAGUCCUCCAGCAGCCAGUCCAGACAGUUGCCAUGCCUGGCUCAGACCAGGGAAAGGAAGUGAGCAGUCUUGAAGGAAGCUCUUCUCUCAUAGACCAAGAGGAAGCAGGUUACACAGAGGUCCAAGUUCAAAGCUCUGACAUGCCGGUAACUCUAACAGCUGUAGCUACAAAGGAGGUGGUAGAAACUGCCAAGAUUUCAGAGACAGAUGAAAGUUUGAAGUCUGCAGGUACACAUUUAUUACCCGCAGAGACGUCCUCUGAAAAAGGUGACCAGUGGACUCCUCAGCCUGGAGAGGAUACUGUGCCCUUGGGGCCCAAGUCUCAAGCAGAAUCAGCCCCAGUAAUGGUAUCAGCCACUCAUGAAAACACCCUACAUUCUGACCUGGAAGACAAGAGAAGCACAUCCCAGAAACAGCGAUUGGAUAAAGAGGAUGAGCGGGCUGGUGGUCCUGAAGAUGACGGGGGCACAGCAAGAGAGACAGACCUCAAGGCUGAAGCUGCAAUUUCAGAACUUGAGACCGAGAGCAGCAAGCUUGUCCAAAACAUCAUCCAGACAGCUGUGGACCAGUUUUCUAGUACAGAAGAAAAAGCCCCUGAAGCUUGUGCAUCUGAUUUACAGACACAAGCUCCCUUGAUGCAAGCUGACAGCCAGGAAGCAGAACAGACACUGGACAAAGAAGAAAGCUGCCAUAAGGCCUCUGCACAAAAUGAAACCCUAACCACCCCAGCCCAAGAAGCGUCCCAGCCAGACGCUGUGGAACCAGUGCUUUCUGAUUUUUCCAAAGAUGUGAGUGAGGCUUCAGAAAAGAUGAAGGUAAACGAGGUGGAAAGUGCUAUUGUGAAUGACCAGCAGUUUGAGGAGGUAAUUGUCCCGUCUGAGGCGGAGGGAGAUGGAAACAAAGUAAAGCCUGUGCCAGGUGAUGGUCGUGCCAAAUUAGGAGAACGUGUAGAGAAGCCACCAUCUGAAUCCAAAGACCAGAAAGGAGAUGCGGCUGCUGACCCUGAGUACCAAAAGCCGGUCCUGGCAGAAGCUGAUGCCUUGGGAAUUCUAACCAAAGAGUCUCCAGAUACCAAUGGACCAAAGCUAACAGAUGUGCAGGAAACAGGAGUUCAGGAAGGAAAAAUGCCCAGUGAGUCAAACAAGGAGCUGAAGCUCCAGACAGAAGAGGACCCACAGAAGCCAGAAAGAGAGCUGGCAGAGUCCUAAGAUGUUGGUUACUAUUGUAUAUUUGCAAGACCAGAAUGUGAAGACAAGUCGUGGAACAAAAUGCUGCUGGUGGGACCUGAGACCAAGAUUUCAGAACUCUGAGAGCCAGAGAGCAGGGCUGUCCACUGAUAUCCCUGUAGUGUGGCCCCCGACAAUCCCGAGCCUUCAUCGGGAGCUAGAGCCAGCUUGUUUCAAGACCACCUUUUCUUUCCCCUUGAUAUACCAUAUGAUUACUUCUGAUUUAAGGUCCUAGAUUCUUAACCUGAAAUCGACGUCGGCAAUACCUAAUUCUACUUCUCAACUGGAGCGUCCUUCUUUAUGUAUUUAUAUGUACGUUUUACAUAGUCCUCCUCCUGUACCUAUUGUAUAUUUUCCCUAACGUUUAAGCACAUGCCUUUUGUAUUACACAAUAUAUGAUGGCUGUGCAGUCAUGGUGAAGCUUAGGGAAGUUCCAGACCUCAAUCAUAACCCGUGGAAAACAGCUUCUAAGAAAUAACAUUCCUGACAAGAAGGUACAAUUCUUAUUUUUAAUGCACUAAUGCUUUAGGUCCAGCUUUAGUAGGUCCUCUGAAACUGGUCCCUUUCCUAUGCACAGCCAGCUCAAAUAAAAUGUCUUUCGAAACACACAGAAUGUCCCAUGGUUACUGUGACAUUGUUUUUCCCCCCCGUUCUAAUCCAGUCCAGGUUGGAAAGAUGUUUCAGUAGCAGAUCAAGUCAUUCAUUAUAUGGUUGUUUGGACAGCUGAGUGAGCCUGAGGCAGUGAGAUGUUUUUUAUGUGAUGCAGAAGGAAUCUGUGUAACUUUUUGAUUGUACUCUUACAUGCUGGACCGAAUUCAUACACAGAACAAAACAAGUCCCUUCUUUACAAAUGGUAUUUUGAUAGAUACUGGAUUGUCCUAUCUGUGCCCCUUCUUUUAAGAACAAUGUUGCAUUAUGUUCAUUUUGGAUAAAUUGUGAUUUGACAACUGAUUUAAAUAAAAUAUUUGCUUCACUUA